AUGGCAAAACGAACGGGCAGUGGCACAUCCCCGCACCAAGCCAAAGUAAAAAAGAAAUGCAAUUCUUUUAAGAUGGAAUGGCUGUCGGAGUAUGUGCAAAUGGAAGAAAAAACUGUGAAACUGGGUGAGAUUUUUUCUUUUUCGAGCGAGAAAGGUCUGCUCUGCAAAACAUGUUGCGAAGCCAAAAUAGCAAGCGAGUUUUCGGAGGGGAAAAUGUGGACAGAAUGGAAGCUGGACUACCUCAAGCGUCACAUUCAGCACAAAAGUCAUUUGAAAGCGGUGGGAAUUGUAAGAAGAUGCAAGAUGGGAAUGGGGAUCGGUACAUUGUUGAGGGAGAGCACCAAAGAUCGAGAGAAGAGGAACGAGCUGUCACUCGUAAAGAAAUCCAACCCCAAGCAAGUUAAAGUUCUCAUCGACGAUAUUCUCCUAGCCAUCAACAUGAAUGCCUCUAUGCUGUCGGUUCAACAAAUUCACGAUCAAAUGGCAAAGUACGUGAGUAUUCCAGAAAGCUGGCGAAGCAAAAAUUAUGCCUUUGAGUUUGUGAAUUCCAUCAAUCAAAUAGUGCAGAAUGAGACGAUGUGUAAAGUUAAAAAUGCACCUUGGCACACCCUGAUCGUAGAUGAGAGCACAGACAUAACAGUGCACAAAAUGCUAGUCCUGUAUAUUAAAUACAGAGAGGAAAACAACGUCAACCAUAAAACUGUAUUUGGCGGCAUCGUCCAGCUGACGGCAUGCACCGCUCGGGAUAUUAUGCAGGCAAUAACUCAGUUUUACACCAAUCAUAAACUAGACAUGAAGAGAAUGGUGAUGCUGACCUCCGACGGUGCCUCAGUAAUGAUAGGAAAGCACAACGGAGUUGCAGCUUUAUUAAAGCAGCAAAUACCACAUCUAACUGAGCAACACUGUGUAGCCCAUAGAGAGGACUUGGGCAUUGAUGAUGCGUGGAAAGGUGUACCUUUGAUGCGUGACGUGGAAACUUUUCUUAGAACGGUUUAUUCCACUUUCUCUAGAUCCACUGUAAAGAGGGGAAAAUUGGAAGAGCUAGCAAAGAUUCUUGAUGAGGAUUCGCUGUCAUUCAGGCCUCUGAACGAAGUGCGGUGGCUGUCGCGGGACAAAGCCGUGAAUGCUGUUCUGAGGAACUACACUGUCCUGGAAGAAUACUGCAAGAGAGAAUCCAGUGAUAACAGAGAUCCAGUGGCGAAUUACUGUUACAAAAAGCUGACUGAUUCAAAGUUCAAGUUUACUCUCACUGCUCUAGGAGAUGUUUUGGGCGAGCUGGCACACCUGUGUCUUUCUUUUCAAAAACGCAACCUGACUGUGAUGGAGGGGCACUGCUUUGCAAGAGCAAAGAUUGAGAAGCUGCGUUCCCAAUACUUGACAGGGGAAAAGGAUAUCAAGUGGAGUGACUGCGUCAAAGAGGCGAUGAGGGCCUCAUCAGCUGAUGGCAGAGAUACCGGCGGUGAGAUUAUUUGUUUUAUUCAUAAUCUCUGCGAUCACUUGGAUGCUCGUUUUCCAAAGGAUGAAUUAAAGGAGUGGUCUGCAUUGGACAUUGAGGCAUUGAGCUCAGACAUCAGUUUUGAGUACGGAGCAGCAGACAUUGCCACAUUGGCAAAGAAGUAUGAGGCCAUUCUCCACCAGACACAUUCUGUGGAGGCCAGUAACGGUGAAUAUGCUGAAUUCAAGUACAUAAUGAGGCAAAAACUGAAACAAGGGUCAAUCAGCACAUUUUCAGAUAUGGUGGCUGCAACACUAAAAUGUGAGGAGCUGAAACACGUCUCACAGCUUGUGGAUAUUUGUGCUACAUUUCAAGCAUCCAGUGCGGAUUGUGAAAGAGGAUUUAGUUUAAUGAAUCGGAUCAAAACAGCAUCCAGAAAUCGUCUUGAAGUGGAUCAUUUGGACCAGCUGAUGCGCAUAAAGUCAAAGCUGCAAGCAGACGAGGACAUCAACCUGGACAAUGUGUACAACCAUUGGAGACGUGAGAAGGACAGACGGGAAAAUUAAGGUGAAAUUUAAGUCUUCAAUCAGAAUGUGCUCAUCUAGUGUCACUUAUUUACAAUUUUCUUUUAUGGAUAUUGAUCAUUGAACACUGCCACUAGUUUGAGUUGUAAAAAUCAAAUGAGUGUGUCAUAUACUGAAUUUUGUGGAAAAAGAGUUACUUGACUGUCUCCCAGACCACAGUAGAACAAUCUCACCCAGUGCAUGGCAGGAGCUUCACACAAUGGAUUAUGCUCAUAAUGCAAGUCAGAGCUUUAUAAUAAAAAUGUUUAUUUAUUAUUAUUAUUAUUAUUAUUAUUUUAUUAUUUAAAUUUUUAUACCGCCCUUCUCCCGAAGGACUCAGGGCGGUUUACAGCCAGAUAAAAUAAACAGUACUAUUACAAAAUAAAUACUAUUAAAAUACCACUAAAAAACUUAUUCAAUUUGGCCGCAAUUAAAAUUUAGCAAAUAAUAAAACCCAUUAAAAACCCAUUAAAAACCCAUUUAAAACCCCUUAAAAACCCACGAAUUUAAAAACUAAUCCAGUCCUGCGCAGAUGAAUAAAUGUGUUUUAAGCUCGCGACGGAAGGUUCGGAGGUCCGGAAGUUGACGAAG